AUGGUCUUAGCCGACUUGGGCCGGAAGCUCAAUGCUGCCCUGUCCUCUCUAAACAGGGCUCCGGUCGUCGACGAGAAGGUGUUGGAUGCGCUCCUCAAAGAAGUAUGCGCUGCGCUCCUUGAAUCCGACGUCAACGUCAAACUGGUGGCCUCACUGCGGGCGAAGGUGAAAGCGAAGGUCAAGGCGUCGCUAGAGGGUGGUGCAGACAAGGGGAAAGAGACAAAUAGGAAGAACAUAGUCCAGAAGGCCAUCUUCGAUGAACUGGUGCAGCUGGUCGAUCCUGGCGUCGAACCAUACAAGCCCAAGAAGGGGCAGCCCAACGUGAUCAUGGCCGUCGGUCUUCAGGGAAACGGAAAAACGACCACAUGCACAAAGCUCGCUGUGUACUACCAGAAGCGCGGCUUCAAGUCUUGCAUCGUCUGCGCAGAUACCUUUCGUGCCGGCGCGUUCGACCAAACACGCCAAUCGGCAACGAAAGCGAAAGUCGCCUACUUUGGAUCGUAUACGGAGACAGAUCCCGUUGCAAUAGCUGCCCAGGGCGUAUCAAAGUUCAAGAAGGAGCGCUUCGAUGUCAUCAUUGUGGAUACCUCAGGGAGACACAAACAAGAAUCCGAGCUGUUUGAAGAGAUGGUCCAGAUCGGCGAAGCUGUUAAACCCAACAUGACUGUACUCAUACUGGACGCAAGCAUCGGCCAGGCUGCCGAAGCGCAAAGUCGUGCAUUCAAAGAUAGUGCAGACUUUGGUGCUAUCAUUGUCACUAAGAUGGAUGGCCACGCGAAGGGUGGUGGGGCAAUAUCAGCUGUCGCGGCUACCAAAACGCCGAUCAUCUUUCUUGGUGUCGGUGAACAUUUACAGGACCUGGACAAAUUUUCCCCACAGCCGUUCAUCUCAAAAUUACUAGGCUUGGGCGACGUCCAAGGGCUCAUGGAGCAUAUGCAUGACCUUGCGACUCAGAACCCGGACAAACAAAAGGAGAUGGCAAAGAAAUUGGAAGAAGGUAAACUGAGUAUUCGAGAUUGGCGGGAACAGAUUCAGAACGUGAUGAACAUGUCCGUCUCCCCGAUUUUCCACUCUACGUAUUAA